GGCGAAGCCGCCAGCAGUAUAUUGUGCGUCUCAUUUGGAUUCGCUGGCAGUUUCCACGUAGCAACAUCCGUAGAUUUUCAUAUUUUUAUAUAACGAUUGCUGCUGACAUAAAAGUAAAAUGGUUCUGACUGCACCAAAAGUGAAAUUUUAUAACGGCUAUGAAGUGCCGAUCUUCGGCUUAGGCACAUGGAAGUCUAAACCAGGAGAAGUUAUACAAGCUGUAAAAGAUGCGAUCGAUAUCGGCUACAGACACAUCGAUGGAGCUCACGUUUAUGGUAAUGAGAAGGAAGUUGGUGCUGCUGUCAAGGCAAAAAUAGCUGAAGGUGUCGUGAAGAGAGAAGAUCUAUUUAUCACCAGCAAGCUGUGGAAUACCUUUCAUAGUCCCGAACUAGUUGAACCAGCCAUUAAAAAAACGCUAGCUGACCUUGGUCUUGAUUACGUAGAUUUGUAUUUAGUUCAUUGGCCACAUGGAUUUAAAGAGGGUGGAGAUCUUUUUCCUACAAGUGCUGACGGUAGUAUUCAGUUGAGCGACGUAGAUUAUCUCGAUACUUGGAAAGCUAUGGAAGGUGUGCUGGCCAAAGGUCUGGCGAAAAACAUCGGCGUCAGUAAUUUUAAUUCUGAACAGAUUACCAGAUUGCUAAAAAAUGCAACGGUUAAACCUGUUACAAAUCAGGUUGAAUGCCAUCCAUACUUGACGCAAAAAAAGCUAUCAGACUUCUGCAAGGAAAGAGACAUUCUUAUUACAGCUUAUAGUCCACUCGGAUCACCAGAUAGACCAUGGGCCAAGCCUGAUGAUCCAAAAUUGUUAGAAGACAAGAAAUUAAUUGAUCUCGGAAAAAAAUAUAAUAAGACUCCUGCACAAAUACUUAUUCGUUAUCAGGUGGAUCGUGGCCAUAUAGUGAUUCCUAAGUCAGUUACAAAGUCACGAAUUACUCAAAACAUGGACGUAUUUGACUUUAAACUUUCACCUGAAGACAUUGCUUAUAUUGACACCUUUGAUUGUAACGGAAGAAUUUGUCCAGUAGAGGGGUUGAAAGCCAGCCGUUAUUAUCCAUUUAAUAUUCCAUUCUAAGGAAUCAAAAUGAACAAAUAAAGUUAUGAUAUGUCUGCGUCUGUCUUCUAUUAAACUUUUCGCAUUUUAAUUUUUGCAAACAUAUUUUUAAA